AUGUGUGACUCGGGCGGCCUCGUCCUCACCACCGACCCGAAACCCCGGCUGAGAUGGACAGCCGAGCUACACCAACGCUUCGUAGAUGCCGUUAACCACCUCGGAGGCCCCGACAAGGCGACGCCGAAAAGUAUCAUGAAGGUUAUGGAAGUGAAGGGCCUCACGCUCUACCAUCUCAAGAGCCACCUUCAGAAAUUUCGGCUUGGAAAGCAGCCGCACAAGGAUUUCCAUAACCAUUCAAUGAAAGAUGCUGUGUCUUUUGAGCUCCAACGAAAGAAUCAAUCGGCACCUGGAUUGAUCAACCCUAGCAUGAACGAGAUGCAAAUGGAGGUCAACCGGAGGCUCCAUGAGCAACUUGAGAGACACCUCCAACUGAGAAUUGAAGCCCACGGCAGAUACAUGCAAACAAUCCUCGAGAAGGCCUGCCAAACGCUCUCCAACGAUAACAUGACUGCCGCUUUACAAGCAGCCCCGGCUCGUUACAACAAGGCCCACAGUCUCGGGCACGGGCCCGGCAUCUUGGUCAUGAACCGCGAAUUCAGGCCGUCCGUGAAUUUUCCAUCCCUCCUUCAAGACCCCAACAAUAAUAAUGAUAAUAAUAAUAAUAAUUUCUUGACCAAGAAAAGGCCCAACCCGUACAGCAACAGCACUAAUUGUGGCACGGGCAAAACCCCAUUCAUCUGGGCCGAUGAUAUGAGGAUGCAAGACUCGCUGGCGGGAGAAUAUUCGUGCUCGGACGACCACAAAAUCCUAGUCGGGUCUUUAUCAGUCGACUUAAGGCCAAGUGACCAUAUUAGUGGGCCGAUUCCCGAACACAUUUACGAAUCAAAGCCUAUAACUUUGUCGGGAGAUAACUUGAUUGGGGAGAAUAAGAAGUUCGAUGUGUCGCCUUUUCUGACGGCCAUUAGCGCCGGUGGUAUGCCGCAAGGGAGGAGCUCGCCUUUCGGGUGA